AUGUACGCCACCUGCUUGACUACCACUUUCCAUGAUCCGAUUACUGACAUUCUUCCCAGGGCCGAGUUUGGCCGGGCUGCUCAAGCAGCAUUUCGCACGACGUCGCUGCUCCGAAACUCCGCCGUGCGGUGUCAGCCGAGCCAGGGCUUCACGCUGGCGACUUCUAUGUCAUGUAGAAGACAUAUCUCUACGACUUCAAGCCUGCAAGCCUUCAACAACAGCAAAAGCGCCCCGAGCCCGUUCUGGUCGAAUCCCACCCGCGAAACACGGCCGACCCAAAACGAUGACACAAACAUCCGAAAGCCCAACAUAGCCGCGUACGACGACCCUCUGGCGGGCCUUGAUACUCGGGUGGGCAACCAGAACGAUUUGGACGAGAGUACCUCCAUGUCGGACGGGAUCGACCUCGAACUGCUGGACCUUCAGCAAACCAAAUAUUCCAAACCCGCGACACCCCAGGAGCGACCAGCAAUGCGCCUCGUACCACGGACUGGUCGCACUAUCAACGUCGGCCGAAACGUUGAUGUUGCCAGGUCGUUCAAGCUUCUCGCUGUGCAGGUGGCCCAGAACAAGCUUCGACAAGAUUUCCAGUACCAGCGAUACCACGAGCGUCCCGGGCUGAAGAGGAAGAGACUGAAGAGUGAGCGGUGGCAGAAGAGGUUCAAGAGGGGGUUCAAGGCUACCGUCUCGAGGGUGAAGGAGUUGACCAAGCAAGGCUGGUAA